AUGAACGUAUUUCUGCAUUACUCACAAAUCACAUUGCUUUUAAUCAUCUUCCUUUCAAUAAUCUCCCUCUUCAAAUUUGUUUCUUGCGAUUCCAAAACUCAGACGUACCCACUUCACUACAUCCACCAUUACUGUUCCGACCAAUAUGUUCACGCUAAGAACAAGGGGUUCCACGACAAUGUCAACUUCCUUCUCUCCGAUCUCACCUCCAAAUCUUCUAAAUCCAGCUUCUACAACUCCACGGCCGGAGACAAAAACGACGAAAAGGUGAACGGCCUUUUCCUCUGUCGAGGCGACGUUGACUCCCAAGUUUGCCACAACUGCAUAGACAAUGCAGCCAAAACACUCCGGGACAACUGCACAGACUCCCUAGACACCACCGUGUAUUAUGAGGAGUGCAUGUUGCGAUAUUCAAAUCGUUCCAUUUUCGCCACAGAGCAGGAGCUUCCAUUUCGAUAUUGGUGCAGCGUGAACAUGGUUUCCGACAAGGUCGCCGAUCAGUUCAAUCAGAGUGUAUCCAAGUUGAUGGGGUGGCUUGUGGAUAAGGCCGCGUUUGGUAAUACAACACCCAUGUAUUUCUCGACCGGGGAAGAAAAUACGAAAACCGGUGGUAGCGGUACGUCGUGGUUGCAUGGCUUGAUGCAAUGCACUCCUGAUAUAAAUCAAACUGAUUGCCAGAAAUGUUUGAAGGCGGCUACCGGCAGUUACCAGGAGGUCUGCGCCGGAAGAAUGUGGGCGAUGAUUUUCGCUCCUAGUUGUCAGUUACGGUAUACUAUAAGCGCUUUUAUGAAGUCUGAGAGACCCCCAAAGAGUGCUGGUGAUGGACGAAGGGAGAAAUACAGACCAUACGUUGCUGUUGUAGCAGUGAUGCUUUUGUCCACGAUGUUUGUUGUACGUGCAUGA